GGCACAUUGGUCAUGUUUGGCUGCUCCCAGAACGGUACAAACGCGUGUUUCUACCUCUGUCCUUGACCACCACCCUCAGUUCACGUCUGCACUUACCCCUUCCUCAACACCACCACCCAGAAUUGCGAGAUGAGAUCCAAGUUCAAGGACGAACAUCCCUUUGGUGCGUGCUACUACCGCCUGUGGCGACCCCACUUAUGAACCUCCUUUUCCCCGCAACAGAGAAGCGCAAGGCUGAGGCGGAGCGCAUCCGACAGAAGUACCCCGACAGGAUUCCCGUUAUCUGUGAGAAGGCAGAUCGCACAGACAUCCCCACCAUCGACAAGAAGAAGUAUCUCGUUCCUUCGGACUUGACCGUUGGACAAUUCGUAUACGUCAUCCGUAAACGAAUCAAGCUCGCGCCGGAGAAAGCUAUCUUUAUCUUCGUCGACGAAGUUCUUCCUCCAACAGCAGCCCUGAUGAGCGCGAUCUAUGAGGAGCACAAGGAUGAGGACAACUUCUUAUAUGUCAGCUAUUCUGGAGAGAAUACGUUCGGGCAACAGGGAUGGACUGAGCUGCGGUCGGAUGCGUAGUUGCGAAGGGUGACUGCGGAGGCCCAUCAUAUGAUCUGCAUGCGCCGCCUGGACUCUUUCGCGAUAUACCCAGCCCACCUCACGCCCACGUCGUUAAUCUUGUACCUUUAAUAUCUCACUCUCUCUUUCGCUAUCAUAUGAAAUGGAAUGUACGAUGCGUUUAUACACACAUAUGGCCAUUGUUCAGAUCCGCACCGCAUGUUCGAAUUCCCCGAUGAGGCAACGUUGGAAGAUAAA